AUGCUGUCUGACUACAGUUUUGAUGAGGUCGAAGGUUUACUGGUCACAAUAAGGCAUCCUUGUACAUAUAAGUUACCAGGACCAGGUCAAAUUUCAUGGAUGCACAUGAAACACAAUAAUCUGCAUCCGAAAUCUUUCAGCGGAGUUCGACUUCAUAUGCCCGUUGUGACAAGGUCAGCUUCAGUAGUUGUUAAGGCCUCCUCUGACAUUGAUGGAACUGCUGCUGCAAAUGAGGGCAGUGAGCCCCUUCCAGAUAGCAAGGAAAAGGCGGUGGUACCUGUCGACAAGCUUCCUUUGGAGUCAAAGCUGCAAGAGCAGCUAGAGCAGAAGAAGAAGAUGCAACUGGCGAAGAAAAUAAGGCUUCGCAGGAAGCGAAUUGUUCGCAAGCGAAAACUGAGAAAGAAAGGCAGAUGGCCUCCAUCAAAUAUGAAGAAGUUAAAGAAUGUCUGA